CCAAUUCGGAUCCAUGAAACUCAACAAACAUGCUUGAUUUCAUUCGCAGUAUCAUCAUCUAGUACAGUUUUAAUAAAGCAAAACUCUAUGACAAUCAGAAUCAAACAAGGUGAAAUUUCUGGGAAAAAGCAGAUUGAGAUCCGAAGGGAGGGAUCCCAACCACGGGAUCAAGCUCCCUUCUUCUCCCUCACGGCUCUUCCCAAAAAUUCCUCUGUUCAGAAAUGACCUAAGGCAAUGAAACCCAGAAAGUGAAACCAGAAAAUGAAGUUCCUCUGGAAGCUCGGUGAUCCUUCCUCUCAACCACCGUUGUUGCCCCCUUUCUUCUCCAGUAAAUGCCCUUCUAUUGCUCUCAAAACUCAGACGAAACUCCCCAACAAAAGAGACCCAAAAUCAACCAACCAUCCCCUUUAUUACUCUUCUUUUGCCCUAUAUAUAUACCCCAAAUGAUAAAAAUAAAAAUAAAAUGCAACAAAAGACAAGGGCCUUGCUCUGUCAAUCAAUGAUGCCAAUUUGU